AUGGCUCCCACCUCCCUCACGCCCAGAACCUGUUCCUCGUCCUCGUCCUCGUCCAGCGUUCGCUCGAACCCAUCCAAGCUUCCCUCAUCCACCACCCCCUCCCUCAGUGCGAUCGUUUCCAACUUAUUCCAACGCACGUCCCUCCAUCGCAUCAACGCAGCUCCCCCAACCGAAACGGACCCUUACUCGGACAAGACGAUCGCUUCCCUUCUGCUCGCCGAAGCUUCUCGACCGACGUCGAACCGAUCCCGAUCGGGGACGAGAGCAGAAUUGGAGAAGGAGGCCAUUCGCAGACCGAAUAAGAGGUUCUUGAAGGGCGUGUUGGGGCACGUGGAGGCGCAUAAUAGGGCGGUCAUACGAGCGCAGAGGCACAGGUUCGAGAGUUCUGGAAGCGGUCCGGAUCGGAGGACGAGGGAGAGGAGGAGCGGGGAGGAGGUAGACGAGGAUGAGGAGGACGACAACGAAGAGCAAGAGAGGAGACAUAGAAGGAGUAGGCAGGAAAAGGAAACGGACCGAGAUCGACUACGAGAGCGAGAUCGUCCGAGGCACAAACCUCGCCACCGAGAUCGGGACAGGGACGGCGAUCCCGGCGAUGAAGGACGACACCGCUCGAGUCGACGGAGCGAGGACGAUCAUGACAAAGCACGAUCGGAUGGGCGGAGAGAUGACGAUGACACGAAUCACCGAACGAGUAAGCAAAGAGACGAGCAUAGGGAACAUCGGCACCGCAGAAUCAAGGACGAGCAUCAAGAUCGACAUCGAGAACGAUCGGAUAAACACCGACCCCGCGAGGAUGACAAAGAUCGGUACGUUCCAGUUCCUUGCUCCGUGUCAAUCGACGUCGAACAUUAAGCUGACACCGGCCCCGCAUUUCCAGGUCCUCCACCAAAACCGCAUCGAACGACGCCGGGCCCAUCGCUCACACCACCGCUGGCGUCCCUUCGAAAAUGGACAAAUAUUUCGCCCCCGAUUACGACCCUUUAUUCGACGUGUCAGUAGAGAACGACCUCACCGACCCUACGACCCGCCUCAUCGCUCCUGGGGCAUUCGAUGAAUGGGAUACCAUGCUGAAAACGAUCAAGGAGAAGGAGGAGAGGAAGCGGGAGGAGAAGGAGGGUAGGAGGAGGAGAAAGGAGAGGGACAAGGAAGGACGGAGGAGGGAGAGGAGGAGGAGAAGGGGGGAGAGUGUUAGUUCGUCAGAUGAAGGGGCUGGUGGAGAGCACGAAGGGAGGCAGGGCAAGAAGAUCAAGGUGGGCGAGGGGAAGGGGUUGAUGGAGGUGGAGUAUACCAGAGUCGGAGGUACGAGGGAAUGGGACAGGGGGAAGGAGCAUCUGUCCUAG